UUUAAUCGUUAAAUCCGCGGUCACACUACAGAAAAUAGCAAAAAAAAAAAUACGCGGGAAGUGCAGAAAAGUUAUUAACAAUAGGUAUUAGCAAUAAACAGCCUCACCAUUGAUCAAUUUCUGCAACUUCAAGAGCGGAUACGUAACUUCGAGGGCAUGCUUGGCGGCGGCAGCGGGGAGCGUUUAUGCACGCCAAGCACUUCGGCCGGUCCGUUCCGCAUCUUCUCCGUGGCCGGCUUCCAGAAUCGCGCCAAUGACAUCGUCUACUGUCCGCCAAUUGUGCGGCAGCAGUCGCAGCAUGUCGAGGACUCCACGGCCAUUGUCUACUUUGGUGGCGACGUUCAGGACUUUCCGGAGAGCAUGGAAACGAACAGGGACAGUCGCGGCUACAUGAAGUACAACCUGGAGAAUUCGGCGAUCCUGUUGCGCGAGGCGUUUCCGCGUUCCCACAUCAUUGUCAUACGGCCAGUUCGCAUGGAAUUCAAGACAUUUAGCUGCUUUGACAACUUUGUGCGUGGCAACAAUGCUGGAGUCCCGGACCAUACGCCCAUGAACCAUGCGCUGCAACACUUGGAAAAACUGCUGCAGAAUCUGUCGCAACGUCUGAUCUCCAUACCAGAGAACGAGAUACUCGAUCAGGCUGCCCAGGCGGCAGCGGCCGCGGCUGCUGUGCAAGCUGCAGCUGCAGCCGCUGCCCUCACUCUGUCCAAUGCCACCACAGUCCCCUCGGAGAGCAGCUCGCCCUUGGCGGCGGUCAACGACAACAGCCAGGACAUGGACAUUGACAUACUGCAGGUACAGGAAAAUGUCACAGUGGAUGCCGACGGGGAGGUGGUCUUCCCCAUGCUACCUGACGAGGCGGAUGAGGCGGCGGACCCCGCCACAAACAAUGGGGGUGGUAACAACGGCAGCAUUGGCAGCAACGAUGUCGGCCUGAACAAUCAUCAGGAGUCGAACAACCAGCAGCAGCAGCCACAGCAAGAGUCGUCGCCCAUCAAGAUAGCGGCACCAGUGGCUCUGCCAGCCGCCAACAACGUGGAGCACUACAACAAUUUAAACAACAGCAACAACAGCAGCAGCAGCGAAUGUGCCAUGGGGCAGGGACAGGGACAGCAAGCCGCACGGCAGACAGCGACGCUGACGAAUGAUGGCAAUCCGUUGUGGUGGCGGGAGAACCUCAAUCUGGACAAGUCCAAGCUGGUGCUAAUUGGCUUCAGCAAGGGCUGCGUCGUGCUCAAUCAAUUCAUCUACGAGUUCCAUUAUCUGAAGACCCUCACACCCGAUGACAGCAGCAUGUGCCGACUGCUCUCUCGCAUUACGGACAUGUACUGGCUAGACGGUGGCCACGGGGGCCAGAAGAACACAUGGAUCACGUCACGCAGUCUCCUGGAGACACUCACACGCAUGGGCAUGAACAUACACGUCCACCUCACACCGUACCAGGUGCAGGAUGACCGCAGACCCUGGAUACGGAAGGAGGAGAAGCUCUUCACGGAGAUGCUGAGGCGCUUGAGUGCGCCGAUCACGAGGCACUUGCAUUACGACAACCAGCCGGCGAACCUGAUGACCCAUUUCGAGGUGCUUCAGGCUUUCUGCCAACACGUCCAUGCCCUCAACCAGCAGCAACUGCAGCAACAGCAGCAGCAGGGAGUCACCGAUCAGUCUGCGGUGGCGGUGGCGGCGGCAAACAAUGGCAGCAACAAUAUUCUGGAUGCCAGCGAGGAGGGGACCGCUGCUCUGAAGCGCAAACAGGUGCAGCAGCUGCGACGGCACCACCAGCAGCUGCUGGCCGCCGACCUGUCGCUGUCCUCAUCACCGUCUCGCUUGGCGGCGGCCCUGAUAUCAUCGGCGGUGGCCCUCAGUGCCGCAACGACGUCGUCGUCGUCGUCCGCUUCUGCAGCAGCGACCAAUGUAAAUAAUCAUCAUCACAGCCAUAUGCAACAACAACUACUGCCGCCAGGACAACAACCACAGCAGUCACAAGAACAACAACAGCAACAACAACAGCAGCAGCAGGCACACCAGCAGCAGACACACUCACACAGACAUCACCAUCAUCAUCAUCAUCACCAUCAUCACCACCACAACCAUAACCAUCAUCAGUGUCGCUCGAAACGCAAACUACAAAAAUUGUAUUAUACGCUUUGCCGUUAGAUCCGUACGCCCCCCUCUCCUUUAUGAUUAAUUAACUUACUUUAUAUAUAUAUAUAUUGUAUACUUGUAUGAGAGAAUGUUUCUUAGAACCUAACCCUUAAGUCGGUCCAAUCAUCACCCACACCCACACACCCCAGCCCUCUACUUCUCUACUCUAGUACUUCGCAUCUCUAUGUACAUCGUACAGCGUCUGUCUAUAUAAGUUCCAAAGUCAUCUAACUUUAUGUUGUAUAUUUAUUUAUUCAAAUUUUGUUUUCAUUCUCAUAUCUCAUUUGCGUAAUUGGCCCCCUCCCCCAACCCACCCACACACCCCUAAAAAAACUGAAGCAAAAAUCUCAUCAGUGCAAUACUAUAUACACAUACACCUAAAUCUUAUAAAUAUAUAUAUACUAUAUAUAAUGCGAGUAUAUGUGAGUACAUGUAUGUAUCGAAUUUUUUUAUCACUUUAUGUAUACAAACACUCCAAGCUAUUUAUUGAAUAAUCGAGAAAGAUUUGUGAUUUGCGCACAUUUAAUUAACUUCAUCCAGGCCUAAAUCGUAAGUGUAGCAAUCAAGCAAUCUUCGUUUUUAAGUGACUCCCAGCCCCCCAAUCCCCUAUCCCCUACACCCAAGGAAUUUAUGUAUUCAAUAUCUCCCAUACGCUAUAUUCAGUCUAGAACCCACUACACACACAACCCCACAACAACAACAACAAGCAAACCCUCUGAUUAAGUAUUACUUAGCGUUUAGUGAACACAUAAAUCUUAAGUUGCAACGAAGAUAAAGAUGUAGAAUGAUGUUGUACUUUACAAAUGUCGGACGACGAACCUUGUGCGGCUAGCCCCCAGAUCUGGAUCCAUUCCUGGAGCAAUAUACAAUUGAUCAUCAAAUUAAAUCAAAUGGUAUGAUUUAGAGCAAGCAAUCGUAUUGAUAUUUAUAUUGUAUUGUAUUGUAUUGUAUACAUAUACCUAGUAGUAGUGUAUAUUUUGGUUGUGCUGCGCAGGUAGGAAGUACAAUGCGAAUAAAAUGAAAUUUGUCAAGCCAUAGCCAUGUGGCACGCGUUCCUUAUACUUAUACCACAUGUAUAAAUGGAUCUAAACGCUUUCGCUUAGCCAAGAGACAACAAGAAGGGGCCCCACACACUUGUGGCUCACAAGUUAAAAUUAUAUACAUAGUGCAUAGAGAGGGAGAGUAUACCAGUACCCCCAUACACAACACCACCACCCCCCCACAGUACAUACACAACACAAAAUUUCGUACCUUGGUAGAAUUUGCAGUUCAAAAUUGCUUUAGAGUUUGUCAGUGUAAAUUGUACGGCUAAAAAACCACACCAAACACACACACACACAAAAUUUUAGGCAAGAAUAUACACAAGACUAUACUUUACAUACAAGAUACUAUACAUACAAAGAAAAAGUACAGACACUCAUACACACCUGCAGUCGAAGUUGCAGUUGCACAAUGUGUAUGUAGUAUAUACAUAUGUAGUUCUAACUAUUAUGAACAUUAUAAAUGGAAAAAGCUGCGUAAAUCAAACAAAAAAAAAAAUGCCAGCAAACUGUGCUAAAAGUAAAUGAAAGUAAAAGUAUAUUUCUUGAACGAUUAAUAGAGUUUCUCCCCCCCAUGUAUGUAAAUUCUACUGAUCUAUGCGAGAGUCUGGUAAUAAAAUGAAUAAGAAUAUACACGAAUAUGAAUACGAAUACAGAGCAGACCCCCUGUAUAAACAGACCGUUGGUUGCUCUUCAAUUUGUUUCUUUUAUUCAAUCUACUUACUUUAAAAUAAAUUACAAUUCUAUUGUAC